CUCCUCGAUUCUAUAUCACCAACACAUAUCGUCUAUACGUAACAACAAUGACCAGUAUGAUAGUCCUAGCUCUUCUUGCUGCAUGUGCAGUAUCUGCAUAUGGACAAUUCGAAGAUGGAGGACAUCAUCAUCAUGAGCAUCAUUUAGAGGAAUACGUUGACUAUAAGGCCCCACCACAUUACCACUACGAUUAUGCAGUUCACGAUCUGAAACACCACGACGUGAAAAGCCAUUGGGAAACAAGGGAUCAUGAUGAAACCAAAGGUGUCUACACACUUCUUCAACCCGAUGGCAGAAAACGCAUCGUAGAAUACGUGGCCGGUAAGCAUGGAGUUGACUACAAAGUAAGAUACGAAGGCCACGCAAUAGAACACGAAGGCUAUGGUGAACACCAAGGCUUAGGUGAACACCAAGGCUAUAGUGAACACGAAGGCCUUAGACGAUAAAUUGCGACGACAGUUUGUCUUUUAUUUUGUUUGUGUUGUUUUAAAACAUGUUUUUAAUGUUAUUUUUAUUCUGUUGACUUAGUAUUUUAAUGCAAUAAAACAUAUUCACCAUU